CCUUACCUGCCCACAUAAACACAUUCACAGGGUGUUAGCUGGAGGCUAAUGCCAGCUUGAAGACCCCAAAAAACUGCUAAAAAGCUACUUGUGCAGCAUGGAGGAGGUGAUUGGAGGUCUUGGCCGGUGCUCCUGGGCCUUCUGGCUGGCCGUGGUGUUUGACACUCUGGGCUUGGUGGUGCUGCUGCUGGGCGUCUUCGCUGACCUGUUCUUCUACGACUUUCUCAUCUACGCAGGAGCUAUCGUGAUCUUCCUCAGCCUCAUCUGGUGGGUCUUCUGGUACACGGGCAACAUCGAGGUGCCUCCCGAGCAGCUGGAGGACGACGUGGGCCUGCUGAAGAAGGACAAGGGCCUGGGCGGAGUGCUGAGGAGGGUCUCCAGUCGGCUGUCCAGCGGGAUCAGAGCCUCUCUGAGGAGAAACACCCCCAACGGCGCCAGAGCGGCCAAACGAGGCCCGGUCACUUUGGCGAUGAACCCAGAAGACCUGAACACUGUCUGUGACUCUGUGGCUGCUGUGGAAAGUUCACACACUUCAGCUAUAUGAUCCACAUUCAUCCUUUCACUGGUGCUGCUGGCAUGAAAGAGGAUGGAUGCCUUGUUUUUAGUUUAUGGCUUGAAAAUAUGCUCAAUAUCAGCAUAGUAAUAGCAUUAAUAGUGUUUCUUGACUCAUUAUGAGGUGCACUUUGUGACAUGUUCACGUAGCUGAAGCUAACUUCUCAUUCGAAUUUUCCGUUCCACCUUAAAUGGUACAGCAGUUGCGUUCUGGCGCCUGAGGCUGCACCGUUUAAGGUGGAACGGAAAAUUCGAAUAAGAAGCUAGCUUCAGUAACGCUUGCUUGUAUCUACACUCUUUAAAAAAGAUAGUUCUUUAAGGGCUCUUUAUUAAAGGGAAUUGUUCUAUUUAGAACCGUGGUUCUAUUUAGAGCCUGUGGCGCCAGAAUGCAGCUGCUGCACCAUUUAAGGUGGAACGGAAAAUUCGAAUAAAGGAGCUAGAUUCAGCAACGCUUGCUCGUAUCUACAUUCUU